CGAGAGGCUGUCCUGGCUUCGCUAACAGGGAUUGUGGUUGCAUGGACAAUCGACUUUGCUCCGCCCCCGACAGCGGUCAACACUUCCGGCAUCACCUUCACCACACCCAGAGGACACGUAUACACGAUUCCGACAGUGGAUAACGAGAUCGAGUUUUUCUACAAGAAGGUCAAGUCCUGGAGAGACGACCAAGCAGCAAGGCUGCUCGCGCCUGCACACUUGGCCAAGAGCACCGAUGUCCACGUAGCCGGCCGAGGGGAAGGCAAGCAGCAGGAUCAAAACGCCGACCGACCCGGCAACAUGGAUUUAGAGAAGGCGUUCCCAUCUCUGGAUGCCGAGGCAUUUCUGGCUGACGACGCAGCCUACUACCCAACAGAUUCGGACGCCGUCGGAAACAUAGGCAUCAUCGAUUCGACGGCCUGCCCACCUGCCGUCGAUCUGGAGCACGAAAAGUUGGUGGUGGAGGUUCCACAACUUCCGAGCAGUAGCCUGGUGGACGUUAGAGUCUACAUCCAAAAGACAUAUAUGCAAAUGGUCGACACUUGGGAAAUGCAGGUCGAGAAGCAGGUCUCAUCGCGGAUCCAGGAGAAGGUGGGACAGCUGACCAACGAGCUGCACGCAACGCUGUACCGCUACGAAAACCGACGACGGGACGUCGAAGAUCAAUACCGAAACCGUCUUGAGGAGAUUGGUUUGCGUGCCGUGCUGAACGAAAAAGAAGCCUUCAUUAUCGAGCACCGCAUCGAGCAGCUCAAGCUCAGCUUUACAUCUUCGAUCGACCGGCUCGAGCUCCUGUCGCGCGAGUUCACCGUCUCCGUCACGCUCCCGACCAUCGAGCAGCUGCGCCGCAUCAAAAAGUCGACGCAGAUGCAGUCGGCAAGGGCCCUGUUCAACGAAAAGCUGGAAGCCCAUACCAAAUUCAUGAAAGAAUCGCUGUCGAGUGCCCUUUCAACGUUUCAGUAUGGCUGCGAUGUCCUGAAAAAGAGCCGGUGUGAGCAACACAUUCAGGCAUGGCGCAUCAUCAACCAGCGCCAUCCCAAAACCGACCUCAUCUACGAGCUCGAGGCCUGGGUCUCCACCCACGAUGGGCGCAUCGAUCGAGUGCAGAAGGAGGUCGAAGCGCAUGCCAUCCGGAUGGAGGAUGAGGUCUGGUCUCAUUCCGAGGAGGUCCGAUUUCUCGAGGCCAUCGACGACGUCCUGUCCAAGACGAAACUCAGGCUGCGUGCAGAGAUGGCAUAUAUGGGCCAGCUGGACAUGAUCAUCCACCAGAAGCUUGACCUCUUGAAGUUUCUGGCAAACAAGGAAAACUUCAAUUGGGACUCGGUUUGCCAGCUCCUCUGCACCCUUAACGAGCUACGGAUUCUUAUCGUCAACAUGACCCGGUACUCCAACUCCCUUACCGAGUCGUUUGAUCCAAGUCGGGUCCAGGUGCCGGUGACACUGGAGAAGACAAAAUGGAUGUCUUCAGGCUCCGAGUUUUUCCUUCUGUCACAUCCAUCAGUGAAGAAAAUCAUCACACACGACACCUAUGUCGGCCAGGCUUUGACCCUUACCCAGACGAUUCUCUCGGACUCGCUGCACGAGAUCAAGCCGACGUACCAAGAGCGGGUCCAGUUGAUCUGGGACGAAACUUCUGCCUCUGUUGAGCUCAAGAGUCAGGAGUUUUACUCGUCGCUCCGACACACCAUCAAGCGAACGCAGGAGAUUCCUCCGACCUUUCCGGAGUAUAAAAAGACUCUCGACGGGCGUAUGCAAGGGCUGAAGGACGAUUCAGAGUCCAGACGGCUUGACUUUUCAAAAGGCCUCCUCGCGAUUGUUGUGCAAUACUUUGACAUCAUAUCCCACAGCUCCGAACACAUCCUCUCGUCGCUCUACAAGGACGCCUCGUUCGUUUGCGAAGACACCUGGCAACAGGAGUCGCAGUCAUUUGCGGACGCAUGGAAGUCGGAAGCACGACGGCGGAAAGCACUGUACAGCUCGAUGAAGCCUCGGCUCGGCCACCCAAACAACAAAAGCGAGCUGGAUGUGUUUGAGUGUUCGGCCGAGAAACUCAAGAAAGACUUUGAAGGCCGCAUCGUCAAGGUUCGGUCGUCGUAUGAGGCUGCACUGGACAAGAUUCGAGUCCAGUACUUGGUCGAGAUGGAGUAUCUGAAAACUAGCUUUCUCGCGUUGAUGAGUGCCUCAGUCCACAGCAACGACUUGAUCAUCCCAGGCGAUCCGCCAGCUGUGCCAAAGCAAACCAUCCGAUCAAUCAUCAAUGCCCGUCGGGCUAAAAAGAGCCUCGACGAGCUUCCGCUGCGGUCAGCAGCAGCAUCGACAGCAGUAAUAGCCUCAGACACCACAGAACGCACCAAGAGCGUCGUAUCGCGCUUUGCCCAGGUGCACCAAGACUUUAGCAAUCGCUUUUCGCAGGAUAUUCGUCGCCGGCAGCUGCACGUUCAAAGCCAGGCGGAGGAGCAGAAAGCCAGGAACGACCUGUGGUUCGCGAAUUGGAGAGACUCCAUCCUGCAGAUCCUGCAGCUGUUUGAUCCGAACAAGAGCCUGUGACCUCUGCGCCCUCAUGUCCUCGGCUGCGAGACCAGCGUGAGAUUCGAUUCGAUUGGAUCGCCAUAAUACACAUAUCCCGACACCGGCGUUCAGAUUA